AUGUAUGCUACGAGCUUUCGUCAGUUACUACGCUUCCUUCUUUACUUUCUUUUUCUGAGAAGUUUUGUAACCGGGGAAGAGGACAGGAUUGAUCGCCUCGAUAUCAUCAUCAAGGAGGAAAACAAAUUUCCAUGGGAAAGCAUAAGACUUCCGCAGACUUUAUUUCCUUUGAAUUACAACAUCAGAUUGGACACGGACUUAAAAUUAUUCUAUGUAAAGGGAACAGUUGGUAUAACAGUCAAGUGUGCAAAGCAAACAGCUAAUAUUAUUCUUCAUCUUAGAGACAUGAAUGUCACGAAUACAGCAGUCUUUGAGAAAAGAAAACAAGAUGUAGAUGUUUCUGAUGAUGUGCCAGAUGAAGAACUAAUUAAAAGGUUAAAGAAAGGACAGCAAGAUAGAGAAUUGAACGUCGUAGGAACGAUGAGUGAUAAGACUCUUGAAAUGUUUCUUAUUAAAGUAAACGAGGAACUUAUCCCAGGACAAACUUACAUGAUUCACAUUGAAUUCAAUUAUCCCCUAAAGGAUACUCCGUAUGGGUUUUAUAGAAGCUCCUACACUGCACAAAAUGGAAAAAAAAGGUGAGUGAAGCGUCGUUAGUAAAGUGUUUGAUUUAUCUUUCUACAGUGGAAUCCCGUUCUCGUGAAGAGUAUCAUUGAGAUACUUAUGCCCUCACCAUUAUUGAAUUUUACAUCUGUUCGUGGAAUGAAAAACCUAUGACAUAUGAUAUGAAAAAUGAAAAAAAACAAAAACAACAAAAACAACAACAACAACAAAAAAAAACACUCCAGGCGGAUAGAGGCUAAAGGAAGAGGUAGCCAAAUUCACUGAUGCAGCCUAAGAAGACGGACCAAUACAAUAUACCAAUGGCUUACCUUAGCUAAGAUAAAAUCCUUAGUGAUCGCUGAUCAGAAUCAGAGGCAGCAAGACUAAUUGUCACAAAGUUACUCAUACAUCAUAAUUGGUUCUUAAUAAAACAUCAACCAACCUUCUGUAAAAAACAUUUUUCCUCUUUCAUUUUUCAAGUCAAUGCAGCAGUAAACUACCAACAGUUAUUUGGUCCUUUUUUUUCUGUAUUUGUCUUUUUGAUAAUGCAUGUUUAUUAUUUAACAAUUAAUGAAUGAGGCUCAGUAUCCACCACCAGCCACGGACACUGAGGUAAAUAAUUGUUUUAGUAUAUACUAAAACAGUGAGAUAAUUGAGGGCAGAAAUGGCCCCGGUCGUCGCUUUUUCUUGCGGACAAAUAAAACUUUUGAAGGUAUUUGUUUAGCUCUUGCGGGGAAAUUUCUUCAAAAGGAGUUGUGAAUUUUUUUGUAUUUAAAGUCAUUCUGUAAAAAAGAUUAUUAAAUUUAGUUUUAAACUUAUUUAUGAACAAGUCAACUAAAUAAAGUAACACAAGACUUCAGCUUAAUUUGCAUUUGUAAGCAAAAAACGUUUUCACCGGUUUUAUCGAUAAAUAGACCUUGGGCGCGAUCCAUUCAACCAAAAUUUCCGGAAAUUUCGGUCCAAAACUCAAGGGAUCGGUUCGGUCCAACCGGAAAAGUUUCGAAAAAACAGGUCCACCUUUUGAGGUUGUCCUCUUUUCCCGGUCGGACUGGGCUGAAUUUUGGUUGAAUGGAUCGCGCCCCUUGUCACGGUUUUCGACGCCAUCUUGACGAGUAGGCAAACGCGUGCGAAAUUACAGUGUUUGUAUGAGAAUCUAAUUUCGAAUAAUUUCCGUAAAAUGGCUGUUCCGAAAAAAUAUGAUUUGUAACCUAAAGCUUCAUUCCUAAGGAUUCUACUGAAAAAAUUUGAGGGCGUUACAUGCACGAGUAGACCUAGAACCACUUUUUAAUUUCCUAUCCAUUUGUCUGUAAGAAAGUCCCCUGAAAAUUACAGACAAAUAUAUGGAAAAUCUAAAGCAAGCCUCUGGAGAAAUUUAGCACAGGUACGCCCCCAAUUUUUUUAGGUCAAUCCUUUGCUUUGUAGCCUUAGUUUACAAUUGAUAUUUUUUUCAGAACGGCCAUUUUACCGAAAUUAUUCGACAAUAGAUCUUAUUUUCAUACAAAUACUGUAAUUUCUCACACGUUUGCCUACUCAUCAAGAUGGCGUCGAAAACCGUGACAAGGUCUAUUCAAGUCAAAAAGACAAAAAGCUUUCCCUGUUAAAACUUAAAAACUGAACUUCAUCUUCUUCGUGUAUUUCGGGAACAGCUUGCUUGAUUAAUUGUGAAAUUUCGUUGUUUGCUACAGCGUCAAACGGGGAAGGCAUUUUGGUCGCAACUUACGCGAGUUUGGAGUAGCUCGCUCGCUCGGACUGGAACCGGAGUUGAAUCGGUGAAUAGUGCAGGAUAUUCGCUGAUUGAGUGGCCAAUCAGAGCGCGCGGAAAACAAUAUCCACUGUUUUAGUGUAUACUAAAUUUAUUUAUUUUUUUAUGUGAGCACAUAUGUAUUACAUUAGAAACAGUAAAACAAAUGCACAUUAGUUCAAAAUUAAAGGCUAAAAAUUAAUUACAAUCAAGUGGUUAACGAGCAGAACAAGUUUACAAAGUGACUUAACGGCUUAUGACCACAAUAAUGAUUGAAAAGUUGAUUUCUCAAUCAGUCAGUCACACAAACCGGCUUGGAAGAAAAAAAUCAGAGUAUUCCCAGAAGAAGUCGAACUGUUACUACUGAGUCCAGAUACUGUAACCAAUAAGCUACUGAAGACUCAAUGGAACCAAACUACCAUGUCUAAUAGGUUCAUCUGACAAAAAAUCCCGAAUCCUGUCGGUAUCGUCGGUAUGUGCUUAUUGCGCUAUGAUAUAGAUGUGAUGGUGUGUUUUGAGCCUGUUGAAUACAUGAGAGAGAUGACAAGGCCUGAUUUUUGUCUUUCGAACCGCCUGUGCAACUGAUUGAAAGGUCAUCUUCUCAUGUAUGUGUAUAAGCUCAUUAACUGGUUCAGUUAAUUUUUGCCAGUGCAAUCACCUAUUGAAAUUAAAAACGUUGAUCAUCUUGUCAUCAAUAAUUAUGAAAAGUAUGUUAUCUAACCAUUAAAUGUUUUUAGGGUUACCUCUAUAGGGUACUUCAUGGAUCAGGGCUCCGCGUUUCUUCCUCUCCCGCUCAAUAGCUAGUCUUCUUGAGGCACCAUAAAAGCACAAACUCAAAAGAAUGAACUUUCCUGCAUGAAACCUGCUUUAAUACUGAGACAGAAACCAGUCAUUGUUUUCGGUCAGACGUUUUUAUUUCUAGCCGCACUCACUAUUGCAAUAGCUAGCCUACUUUAAGGGUUGCCGGCGUAUCAAAUUCAGAAACUUCAAGGAGUUCAGAAGUCUCCUGCACGUCUUGUGUUCGAAGAAAGCAAAUUCCGUCAUAUUACACCAGUGCUAAGAGCCCUGCACUGGUUACCCGUCGCGUAUCACAUUUACUGGCCUUCCUGUGCCAUGCCCAGUCAUUAAUCCCGUUUAGGUUGUCUCAGCUGAAAAAAGGACAUUGUUAAUUACUAGCCCAGUAGCCUAGAACUGAGGCGUUGGGUGUUUCCAUAAAUAAUUUUUCUCUAUUUUUGCAGCUUCUGUUAAAGGCGUUCUAAAUUACUUGAUCAAUUGAAACUGAGUUAUUUUAUUUCAGAUACCUGGCUGUCUCGGUUUUUGAGCCCAUUUUUGCCCGACGGGCUUUCCCCUGCUUUGACGAGCCUGCAAUGAAGGCUACGUUUACGGUGACCAUUAUAAGAGAGGGACAAUACAACGCUCUUUCUAAUAUGCCUAAAUAUAAAACGGUGAGUACUCACCUACAUGUAUACGUAUCUCAUAGGAAAGAUUAACAGUAAACUUCUGUUAAGGUGAAAUUAAAUAUAUAUUUCUAGCCAGAUUCCUGAUAACGUUAUCGCCCAAUGGACCUUUUUCGUCGAACAGUUUUAUCUCCAAGUAGCUAUUGCCUUUUGACGCUUUUUCACUCAAAUGACUGCAAAUUUCGUCAGGUUGGUUUUCAAAAAAUCGUCUAGAUAUAUAUUCUAAAUUUCGGCAUCAUCGUUCUAAAACUCCCUGCCGUAGCCAGACGAGAAUUAUUGCGAAUCAAUGUAUAGCUUUCCGUAGCUGAACUAGGCAAAAUUAAAUUUAUUCCCUUACUCAGUUUUAAAGCCUUUCUGAAUCACCACCACCACUACUAACACCAUCACCACCACCACUUCCACCACCACAACCCCCAUAGAACUCUAAAUGUGGUGUUGGUGAUGUUUUGCAACAAGGUAGUGGCGACAAAAAUAGAAAUGUGGAGAUGGUACAGGGAUAUCAGCUAAGGAACUCGAAUGUUAAUAAUAAUAAUCCUUAUUUAUCCAUCUUUAAAAAUGACAUAUAUUUUUGGAUUUACAAUAAUAAUAAAGUUAAUUAACAAUUAUUCCUCGAGCCCGAAGGGACUCUGAAUCAAUAGCCCAUGAGGCCGAAGGCCGAAUGGGCUAUUGACUCAGAGGCCACAAGGGCGAGAGGAAUACCGUAUUCACCCGCGGAUAGGCCGCACUUUUUUCCCGAAAAAAUGGGACCCAAAUUAGGGUUGCGGCCUAUACGCGGGUACAAGCGUUUUGACACCUCAUUAAUAUGCAAGAGAUCUCACGGUCGUACACUAAAUUGGCGUUUUAAUGUUCGCUUUCAAUUGUUACUAACUUACAACACAUACAACUAAACACUAAGUCCAUAUCUUCGAAGAAUCUUGGAUUUUGUCUUUAAGUAUUCUGUAUAUAAAAUGUUAGCGAAAAGGCGUUUCAGUUUAUAGUUUGAAUAUUUUCACGUUCAUGUAGAAAUUAUUGUCAAAAAUAAAUUUGACUUGAUACGCAUUAGCUGUUGUUGAUUUCCAACUUCGGUUUAUUUAUCCCGGUACUCGACCUCACUAUUUUUUUUUCCCAUGAAAACCAUUGAAAGUUUGGGGUGCGGCCUAUACGUGGGUGCGGCCUAUCCGCGGGUAAAUACGGUAAUUGUUUUAGUAAAAUCCAACUUGUUGGUUAAAAAUACCCAGACAAAGCAACUUGCAUAGCUACAGUCCCAGACAAAAAUAGUUGGGACAGUUAACGCAAAAGCCGUUUUUUCCCUUCCCGUGCUUUCCUUUUCUCUCCCAAUGUUGUUUAUUGCCAUUCAGUCGGCAAACGCGAUUUGAGCCGCCAACGUGUUUUUGUUUCUGUAGCAAAACUGGCCGCCACUGUUUUGCUUCUAAAGUGGGCUAUAACAUAUAGCCUAGUUGUAUCUCAACCAAUCGGAAGGCAGCCUCGAUAAUAGACCACUAGUUGGAUUAAAAAUAUACAGAUCAUAAAAGGAGGAGUAAGUCUUGCAGCUCUUGCCAUAAACGAGUUAGUAUGACGUCUUUGCGUUCCUGACUUUGGUAUUGCUACUAAACCUGAUUUAGAAGUAGUAUAGGAGGGACCGAAUUAUCCUUAUUUUUGCGCAGGAAUCUCAUUAGCGUGCGCAGGAAUAAAUUAACGUCGCUGACGUCAUAGGCUAUUGUGUUGAUCUCAUGAAUAUAAUGCGGAAGAAUAAAUUAGUGUCGAUGACGCAAGAGUCUUUCGUCUUUAUUCAUAGUGCGGUGAUUGUAGAAUCUAUUCUAUCUUCCAAAUAAAAGCGCGCUCUCCGUUCAGCAUAUUACUCUUGCAAUCGCUUUGCUAAGGAAACAAGUUCGCUUGCCUAACUAAAAAUUCGGUUAUAAACAAAACUCAGACGCAAAAAAUGGAGCUCAAACUCUUUAUUUCAAUCUAUUGCAAACAGUGCUCUCUUUAUAAAAUUACUUUAUCUUGAUGUCUUGUUACACGCUCUGUUAACCAGUAGUAAUUUACAUCUGACUCAUGCCUCUUUUGUGCUCUCGCAAAUUAAACAAUCAUGCUUAAGUCCUCUAACAAAAAGAUAAGGUACCGUUUCAUACACAAUUGUUAGGUCUAUUGAAAAAUAAAAUAUUCCACUGCAAAGUGCAUCGACAACCGUUUAAUUAAUUUGUUAUUGGUCUAUCGAGCAUUCGUUUGGUUCUUUUCUAGGAUAGAUCUUACGCUGGGAUCGUCCUUGUGUAAAUAAAUCCAUUUCGAUUUUCCAUUGCAAUAGUGUCUUAUUUUCACAGGCCAGUAAUUUCCAUACGAGUACGAUGGAAGAUACGGAUCAUAAAGAUGUCUGGCAAUGCGGUACAUUUCCGUGAUCCCAAAGUCGUUUGGUAGGGUUUGGCAUCGGGGCCCUCCUUGCAUAUAAUUUUGUACAACGGGAUAGGCUGCUUCAGACCAGACUGCAUCAAAAGGAAAUGGCCGUGACCUUUUUACAAUUGGCGGGGAAGAUUUGACUACAGGAGGCGAUUUUACUGCUUAUCUAGCUUCGCAGGCAAUGUUUUCCUCGUAACUGGUCGUUUUGACGGUUUCGACCGAUUUUGCGGAGCUGUUAAUAGUCGGAUAUCGACGACAAGAGCCGAAAAUGUCACUCAAUACUUGCUUAUUUGCCACCGUGUCCGGUUUAUUAUCUACAAAGAUGUAACCGUAAGGCCUCUCUGUUUCAUGAUAAUAAGCUGUCAUGAAUCGUUGGCGAUUCUUAUCAAACAUACGCUCAGCAACAAUUCCGAUUUGUUUCCGAUCGCUAGGACUUCGGAAAAGAGCCAUGUACUGUGCAUUCCGACUGAUAUCGGUGUUAAAUUUUCCCUUGGGGAACAUAUUCUGAAGGAGCAGUAUGACGCUGGCAUUUCUAUGGCGACCUUGGGUAAACAACCGAGAAACGAUGGGGCUUUCGAUCGCUUCUGCCAUUAGGUCAUCAAAGAUGAUAACGUUGUUGUAUUUUGGGUCAAUUUCUCGCAGAUCUUCUUGAAAUGUGGUAAGGCCACGAAAAAAUUUAAUGUCCUUUCCGAUCGCUGAUUUCAAAGCUUCGUAUCUAUCUUGCCACUGACUGUAAUACCAUAAAAUGCGACGGGGCUUGUUGGUUUCGUAGACAAUACGAUCUCUCGUUAGAAUCUGUUCUACGAAAACUGUUUUCCCUGAUUGACUUGGUCGAACCACAAGGAGUGAGAGCUUAUGGCGAAACAUAAAAUCUGGAUAAGACUCGGUUGCCAAGGAAACAUCACGGGAAAGCUUUACCUUCUUCGCAGUAGAAGAAGUUUUCGGCGUUUCGUUUACUGGUCUUCUUCUUUUUCUUGGUUCACAUAUUUUUCUCGUGGAACUAGAUGAACAACGAGGUAAGUCGACGCUUGUAGAAAUAUAUUCUCUUUUUGAUUCCCAAGAAACCUUAGCCUCUUUUCACAGUCGUGUUUGUCUUGGUCCGGUUAAGUCAUGGACAAUUUCAAGAUGAGAACUCAAGUUGGACACACCAGGUUUGCCACAUAGCGGACAAAUUCGAGGAAACGUUCGAGUCAUGACUUAUGAAAAAUGACUCACAGUUAACAGAAUCAUUUCAUAUAUAGUUAUUUUACAAUGGUGGGGAGUACUUAAGAGAAUUCAGGGGUACAGGAGGGGUACAGGAAGGGUACAGGAAGGGUACAGUAGGGGUACAGGAAGGGUACAGGAGGGGUACAGGAGGGGUACAGUAGGGGUACAGGAAGGGUACAGUAGGGGUACAGGAAGGGUACAGUAGUGGUACAGGAGGGGUACAGUAGGGGUACAGGAGGGGUACAGUAGGGGUACAGGAAGGGUACAGGAGGGGUACAGUAGGGGUACAGGAGGGGUACAAUGAUAGAGUACCGUUGUGCUUUGCAGCCGUGCCUCCAUCGAUAGCUAUAAAAGAAGUAAGCCGCUGUUUCUGAUUCAGUCAGUUCUUAAACCUCGUGCAGUUCGGAUCACAAUGUUCAGCAAUUAUAAUCAUUUCGUUCAAAAAGGAUAUGGACACUUUGAAGAUGAUGACGACGAUAUUGAAAGCUCACAAGAAAGCGAACAAUCAUCUCAAAGUUCUCAAUCUAGCGAAGAAAUGGACUCUUCCGGAGAGGAGGAGGAGGAGCAUGUAGAUCCUUGGUCACGCAUUCAAAAUGAAGUUUGUAAUCGCCAGGAAGCCCAGCUCGAAGCUCUGAUCAACGAGUAUGAACAAAACGGAGACUCGCCUGAAGUGGCCCGCAUUAAAGCUGAAAAUGCUUUGCUUCCAGUAUAUAGAAAGGAAUUGAGAAAAGUGUUCUUAGAGUUUUUAGAGUGGAUGCAUGCCAUGAAGAAAGAUCCGACAUUCCGAAAAGUGAUGGAAACCCGCCAAGAUCUCAAAGACACAGAAGGAUAUGACUGGCCGGAAUCAACAGAACUUGCCAUCGAUAAGCGGAAAUUCUUACUCAAUCGAUUGUUUGUCAAACAAACUGUUCCCGAAGACUAAGCCGGAACUCUGUCUAUUCAUCUAUUGUUGUAACACUUUGAUGGUUUUGUUAUCAAUAAAUGUAUUUUUUAACCGAAACAAAGGUGUAGUCUGGUUGUAGCACGCGCGUAUUAAUCCCACCAUUGUUUAUAUAUAAUUGAGUUGAUUCCCGUGGAUAAUUUAUGCGACAAGCGUUCAUGUUGGCUCAGUGUAUAUUAAAUUAGUUUGCGAUGAAUAAUAAAAUACAGUUCGCUUGCGUUCGUUUUGUUUCGAAUGAUACAGGUCUAAAAGGAAAAAGGCCAACCUGUUAAUGGUUAACGCUCGAUACCACAGUCUAGAAACGUUUGAAGGUUGAAUUAUAUUGACAAAACAGAAUCAAUGGUUUUGUAGAAUAAAAAUAUUUAUCUUUGGUCACAGUGAAUAGUUUUAAGUCGAGUACUGUUUUCGGACCGUUGACUAGUAUGUUUGGAAGCUAUCCGCUCAAAAAUAUUGUUUACUGGAGUUUGUGACAUUAAUAAAAUGCUGAACGGAGAGCGCGCUUUUAUUUGGAAGAUAGAAUAGAUUCUACAAUCACCGCACUAUGAAUAAAGACGAAAGACUUUUGCGUCAUCGACACUAAUUUAUUCUUCCGCAUUUUAUUCAUGAGAUCAACACAAUAGCCUAAUGAGAUUCCUGCGCAAAAAUAAGGAUAAUUCGGUCCCUCCUAUACUACUUUUAGAUCUUAAGUUAUAGCUGGGGCUGUUAUUUGGCUUUGUGAGAAAUAUUUGAUUUUGGCUGGUUAAUAUCAUGCACAGUUCUUUCUAAUUCACGCUCUGUCGCUACGGUUAUUAAUGAUGGUGCUUCUGGCGGAGGCAAUCGGUAGAACUAAGCAAAGUAAUGGUGGUGGUGGAGGAAAACAAUGGAAAAUGUUAUUAAAGUUAAAAAAAAAACUACCUUUUAUUAGAGCAAAAUACUAAAGAAAUAAAAGAGGACAUUAGCACAUUCAAAUUAAACAUCUCGCAAACGUCUCAAUAUCUUCACUAGGCCGUCAUUCCGCGAACUAAAUCCACGGAAUCGAUUCACUUGAAACCGUGCGUUCUCUGCAUAACUCGUUUGAUGCCAAAAGAGUCUGAAAUUGACGUCUAAAAAUAAUCCUAUCCAGUGUACUUGUGACACUAACAGGCCAUGUAUACUACUAAAUACCUUAUUCACCUCGUCCGUUCGGCCAUUACAGGGAAGACCUUGAUCGGCCAUGAAACACCAAGGCCUCAGUCUGAGAUUUCCCUGUAAUGACCUCACUUUCGGUUAAUAGGUGGUGUUUAAUGAAAUCCUGUGAACACAAAUCCAACAUUUAACAUUAUAACUUAACAACUUGUGUAUCAUCUCUCCUUUCCAGGUUAAAAUUGGAGAAGAUUUAUACGCUGAUCAUUUUAAAGAGUCAGUCAAGAUGAGUACUUAUUUGGUGGCGUUUGUUGUGAGCGACUUCAAGUCCAUAGAAACUAAUACAAGUAGUGGCAUCAAGGUAUGCGACUCGAAUCAUAACUUGAGCUUAAAAGAGAAUUGAGAGAAACACGUACGAUAUUGAAAGAAUUAGGUGAUAUAGCUAUUGUCGGAGACGUUCUCGGGAAUAGAAGGUUCUGCGAUCUCAAACGCAAAUGUUUGCCAAGUUUUCCCCUUUGCUUAAUCUCGAGAUUUCUUCAGAUUUACUGUCAACGUACAAGGAAGUAAAAUUAUUGUAUUUCCGUCAGGCCAUGGGUUUUGCUUCUUAUUGGACAUUACUAUACCACGAAAUAGCGAAAAGAAACACUGAAACACCGAAAUAGCGAAAUGAAACACCGAAACAGCUAAUGAUUUUCUUUUCGAACCAAGAAACUCACAAAAUUGAUAGUUGACAAAGCUCUAGCAUUCGCUGAGACUCAUGGAUAACUUGCUUGCAAUUCAACGACUAGGCAAUCAAACGGGGAGAAUGAAAAAGUGCAUGGAAAUAUACCUGGACAUACAGGAAAGAAACCCCGCGCCGAACUUGGCCAGUUGGGGAAGAAGCAACUCAACAAAUGAGAGAUCGAUCAUAUCAUCACCUCCACCCAUAUUGUUGUCUCGAGUGGAAGGAUUGUCCCUUGCACUUCCAAGCCCACGGUACCCUUUGUUUAGCUAGUGUAGUGUAUUUUUUACCCGGAGGGUACUCAAGAAAGUUUUUUAUGGGAAGGCCCCGCCACGAGGUCCAACCCUUACCCUUUUAUGUACUAUUUUUGACAGAAAAGGCACCCCUUUCGUAUACCCUCUAUUGACAAAUGGUAGCCCUUUUAUAUACCAAGUUUAGACCUUUCCGUCUCAUUUUACUGCUGAAAAUGCACUGUCUUUUAAAUACAAAUAAAAGGCACAAAACCAGAACGUUUCCUCAAUUCUUUCACAGCCGUGAUCUGUUUGUCCUUUAGGGCCCUUCAGACGAAAGCAGAGAUUCCCCACCACUCCAUUAUUUUACUUCAACUAGUAAAAUCCCUACCAUUUCAUAAACAUGAAGCCUGAAAAAGAUACUCCUUUUUGUCGGAACCCCCCUGUUGAGGCCAUAUGGGAAGGGGGGGGGGGGGGGAGAGGGAAAACAAAGGGCUUUAUCGUCAAUAAUGAUUUCCUUCUUCUGACACAUGCGGCUAAAAUCCCUGACGUGAUUAGUCUCCCUCGCAGCCGUUUUUUGGAUGUCACCGUGACAUCCAAAAAACGGCUGUGAGGGAGACUAUGACUUGAUAGGCAGUGAACUAAUAUGCAGUGUUCCACUUUAAUUUCAUUGUUUUGUUUUAUGUACUUGUAACUUUUUGGCACUAAUUGUUACACUGUUUCACGGCUUAAAAAGAACCACUCUAAUGUUGACCAGUUUUAACAACUCAGCUUGGAGAAACUUUUCACCAAGCAAUCCCACGAAUAGGGUUGGCUGUUAUCAGGAGCAAACCUAAGCCCAGUCUCCAGCUGUGGGUGUUUCGAUGCGCCUGCGGUACUUCUUACCUGGGUGGGGAGUACCACGGGUGCUUCGAGGUUAAGUUUUGGUUAAGAUUAAGAUUUGGUCCGCGCAUAGAAGCUAUAUCAACGAAGAUCACAACCCACCUAACUUAUAAUUUUUAAAAUGUUAAACCAUGAAAGAGUUUCCUCACUGGAGCAAUAUGUUAAGGUUUUCAAAGCUUUCAGGUCAGCGAAGAUGUUAUACCUGCCACAUUUUUCUGAGACAAAUGUAUGGGGUUUUCGUCUUGUCAUGAACGGAAUUUCCGAAAUUUCCGAAGAUUUUCCGAAAGAAAAGCGGAAAGCGCAACAUCAACAACAAAAAAGUUACCAUGAGGCGUGACUUGCGAACAAGCAACAAGGCGGCGUUGGGUAGAUAUCUGACGCAGAUAAACUGGCCUCUGUUGUCCACUCCUCUGGUGAGCUGUGAAGAGAAAUGGCAAGUCUUCCAAGACGUCAUACAUUCAGGCCUUGAUACCAUCAUGCCUGCCAAACCAGUCAAGAUCUGCUCGGCCGAUGUUCCUUGGAUAAACGAGGGUUUGAAAUCUCUUAUUAUGAAGAGACAAAAGGAGUUCUGACUCAGCUCAGUUUAAAUACUUUCAUAACCUUGUCAACCGACAAAGGAAAAUCUGCAGAGGGAAAUACUACGAGUCAAAGAUCCAACACCUAAAAGGAGAAAACCCGUAAAGGUGGGGGAAUGAAACAAAACGCCUGUGCAGCCUAAAGACCUCCCACAGCGAUUUAGCUAGCCAGAUUAACAUCGAAGGAUUCUCAGAACUGCCUUUCAUAGAGCAAGCCAAUGCCAUCAACUGCAAUGCUAAUUAGUAUGUUGCACAGCUGGUCCUUGGGUACGGAUGGAAACGGAGCCACCGUAGGAACAUUAUUAUUGGACUACCGUAAAGCGAUUGAUUUGAUAGAUCAUAGUAUACUCGUUAGAAAGUUGCGCAACCAGUGUAAAUUACCAGAUAGCAUUAUCAACUGGAUUAUAGAUUUUUUAUCGGACAGAUCCCAGCGGAUUAAAGUUGGAUCAGAAUGUUUUUCUGAAUGGGGCCCAGUCCCCGCCGGCGUACCACAGGGUACCAAACUAGGCCCUUGGUUGUUCGUCCUAAUGAUUAACGACCUUGAUACGAACGCACAGCAAGGAAACAUGUGGACGACACCACGGUGUCUGAGGUAGUAGUAAACGACGGAGAAAGUCACGUGCAAGCAAUUAUAGCUAACAGAGUAAUUGAGUGGUCCAACUAAACGCCGAUAAGUGCAAAGAACUCAGGAUCUCCUUUGCUAAAGAGCAAACAGUCUUUGAUCCCGUCAUCAUAGAAGGAAAGGAGGUAGAGUUAGUCACUACUACAAAGCUACUAGGCCUUACAAUAGCGAGCGAACCAAAAAGGCUAGCAAGAGACUCUGUUUCCUAACUCAGCUGUUCUACGUAUUUCGUGCGUGAGACCUGUUAUUGAUUAUACAGCACCUGUUUUUUUCAACGGUCUCCCCCAAUACUUGACGAAAGAGCUGGUACGGCUCGAGAAAAGAGCAAUAUCAAUAAUAACCUAAGGAAAGUGCAAUUCGGCAUUAGAGGUGGGGUUAACACCCAUUUUGGAGCAUUAUUACGUACGAUGUAGCAGGCUUUUUGAUAACAUUGUCAGUGAUCCAAACCAUGAAUUGAAGGUGCUCCUUCCACCAGACUAUGACAACUCACGCUAUAACCUAAGACGACAGCGCCUUUUUAAUAUGCCAAAGCUUUGCACGAACAGUUUUAAUAAACUAUCUAUCUAUCUAUCUAUCUAUCUAUCCAUCUAUCGAAGACUUUCAAACGUCGUCGAAAAUGCCCGAAGAUGUUUCAACGACCUUUGAGCACUUCUGAAGCCAUUUCAUUGGCGACGUUUUAGCGUGUUGAGAUAAAGUUAAGCGCCUUUUUGGAAUAUUUUCGGGAAUAUUUAAUUCAUUUUUUGUUAUUAACCAUGUGUUAAAGAACUAUUCGUUCAGAUUUGUGAAUCAGCCAUAAGAAAUUGUCCUUGAUUCGUGAGAUCGAUGUCUUGAGUCUGCAGGCGUGAGACUAGUCUGAAAUAUAACCCAUCUCUUCGCCUCAACCCCUCAAUAGGUGGCAAGGCGAGAGAGAGACGCUUGCAGUCCGUAGUUGGGUGGGGCAAAGAGACGGAUGCAGGAGCCCAUGGGCUCCUGAAGGAUGACAUUUCAGACUAACGUGAGACUCACGCAUAUUAAAAUGGGUGAGGGGUCGCACGCAGAUGAUGUGCGGCCUUUCACCCAUUAAAACACACUGCCAGCAGAGCCCUUUUCAGUUCGCCAGCUCGAUUUUGGCGCUGCAUAAAUUGAGUAAGAUCUUUGUUGAGCAUGCAGGGCUAAUAGCAAGGAUAUAGUUUCGACCCAGGCCUAACAGCCGUGCCCUUGCUACAGAGGGAUCGGUUAUGACCAUCGGUUUAUCAAUAAACAGAUGCUCGCACUUGAAGAAACAAGUUUGACGAGAGAAAGCAAGAUUGACUAGUCCACGAAGUUUGGUCUGCGGCGGCCUCGAAGGUUUCACGUGAUUCAGGCAGAGCCUCCUUCUCCCCUCCUUCAGAAGAAGAAGAAAACAAAUGGAGUCUCUGCUCGCAAGGUGCCCUAACUUUCUUCACUUUAAAAAAUAUUUUUUUAAAAAAUAGCUCUUUCGGUGUUUCGUUCGUGGUUUCGCUGUUUCGUGGUUUAGUAAUAUCUUUUCUUAUUGACGGUAACUAGAACGUCAAAAAAGCAAUAGGCAUAAAAGCAAAACAACUACGCUUUUUUGUACAUAUCUUUGCUGUCAGAGCGUGAAAUUGAGUUAUUUGCGUUUUAAAGAAGGCCGCGGAAUAUUUUUCUUUCUGAACUUGGAUAUGGCUCUGACGAAUUCAAGAGCAAGAGAGUUCGUCUAUAUUUUACAAAGUAAGUGAAUUGUAAUAAUCGUGAAGAAGUUUGGAAAAACGCUAAUUCACUUUUUCAGUGGACGCGUUUUCGCCGCCGUCACCGCCCUCGAGUUUUAAGGUUCUUUUCGUUUCCCCGAUAGUGCUGGAAAAUGAGUGGAAGAGAAAACUUCCGUUUUUUUCUACGUCGCGUUAACCCUAUUCAGCCCCUCAUCAAAAAUAUGCCCAGAUGUUGGAAAUAAUGAUACAUUAUAAUUCUGACGGUGUAAUUUUGGUGGCGGUAUCGUAAGCAGUUUUGAAAUUAAAGAGGAGGGCCCCCGAAGCCUUCCCGGGUCGCAGGAACCAUAAAAGAAGCGUGGUCUUACUGAAUAUAAUAGAGUUAAUUUUGCCUCACAUGGGAAAGACAAAAGAUAACUGAUUAUUUUCUGUUAUCUACACAGGUCCGUUUGUGGGCUCCCCCGUCGCAGAUCUCCCAGGGUUCUUACGCGUUGGACAUCGCUGCAAAGACUCUUUCAAAUUAUGAGAAAUUCUUCAAGAUACCGUUUCCUCUUCCAAAGGAAGGU